AUGAACGGCAACGACGGCACCAAUGAUUUUCUGGCCCUCGUCAAAUCCGUGACGAUGCUGACCGCAGACGACAAGCUGUCGCGCAACAAAAUACAAUCCACGCGAGACGAAGGCGAACAAGAAAGCCCUGAGAAAUCGGCGCAAAAAGAGAAGGCUCUGGCUAAGAUCAAAGCUUCCAAAGCUUUCAAGAAGCGCAAGAAGGAUGCCGACGAGGAUUCAGAUUUUGAUGAUGACGAGAUUGCUCGGGCCAUCUUCAACGAGCGUCAUGCGCCUCUACCGGGACAAAUGGAAAACUGCGAAAUAUGCGACAAGAGAUUCACGGUAACACCCUACUCCGUUCAGGGACCCAACGGCGGUCUUCUCUGCGCGCCCUGCGGACGACAAAUAGCCAAGGAACGACAGGGCGAAAAGCCUAAGAAGAAGGCACCCCGACGACAGACGGCUGGUAUUGGUUCUCGGAGAGCAGCCCAAAGCCGUCUCCUGGAUGGCAGCGUGGGAACGCUGAGCCUCGCCACUCUAUGUGUGCAGACUUUGGCCAAGAAUGUGGAGUUGGCGGAAAGCUUGGGGGACCUGCCAGAACAUUUGGUCGACAAAAUCGCCCGCAUUUUCUCAAAGCGGCGACUGCUGGGCCCUGAUACCUUGCCCUUGUUCCUCCAACCCUCUACGCAAACGAUACGUAUCUACGAUGGGGCAAAGCUCGGCGAGCAAGAGCUGAUCAGCAUCUUCCAGAUCGCGCCUGGUCUGAAACACUUCAAAGCUAGAUGCGUGGUACAGUUCAAAGAUGAAGUCAUGGACUACGUACUAUCGCGAGACACGAAAAUGGAAAGCUUCUACUUGCAUGGAGCGAACCUCCUGAGUGAGGAUAAACUACACGAGUUUCUCCGAGCUCAAGGGUCCUAUCUCCAGAACUUACAAAUUUACUAUACCGACAAGCACGUUGGUGACGAGACCAUCGAGUUUGUUCGGGAACAUUGUCCGAACCUCAAGCGCCUGAAAAUUGAGCAUAAUCAGAAGUUGACUGACAAGGGUGUGAAAGCUCUUGCUAAUGUCACUUGCCUCGAGCACUUGGGCCUACAACUGGAGCACAGUCCAAGUUCUCCAGCCAUCAGAAAAGCGGUCUCAGGUUCCGGACCUAAUCUCAAGACGCUUUCGCUCAGCAUCGUGCCUAAUGCGGACGAUAGUGUGCUGGAUGCCAUCCACACGACAUGUCGCUCCCUCUCGAAAUUACGCAUAACUGAAAGCCACUUGAUGACGGAUGACGGAUUUGCCGCACUCUUCACAGCAUGGCAGAACCCGCCUCUCACGUUCAUUGACCUAGAGAAGUGUCGCUAUGUGAGCGCUAUGCAGCCCAGGCAGAACGAUGGUCUCGUGGGCCUCUGCAGCAAUGGAUUCAAGGCCCUCAUGGCACAUUCUGGCCCGAGACUGCGAUAUCUCAACGUCCAUGCUUGCCGUAACAUUUCUCGAGAAGCAUUCGAAGAGGUGUUCAGUGGCGCGUCGUCAUACCCCGAGAUGCGACGUCUGAAGAUCAGUUUCUGCGAAGAGGUCACUGAUUAUGUGCUGAGCUGCAUUUUCCGUUCUUGCCCAAACAUCAAAGAGGUCAACGUGUUUGGCUGCAUGAAAGUGAGAGAUGUCCGCGUGCCUCGAGGCAUCAUUCUGGUUGGUGUGCCGAAUGCGCAGGGAAUGAUCACAGAAGGAAAGCACUAA